GUGAUUUCUAAUAGAAUCGCCAUUUCAUUCUGUGUACUCUUAACUGUUUGCGAAAAGUGUUUAGUUUUAUAAUUAAAUCAGAAUAUACAUUUAAAAAGAUUUGUAUUCUGCUUUAGAAUUCCAAUUCAUAGUUGAAAAUUUUAUAUAACUGCCAUGGACAGAGCCAAAGAGGAAUCUGAAGAUUUUGAUCCAUUUGUUCUUCGUGUACGGGGUUUGCCAUGGUCAGCCUCAAAGGAUGACAUUAUCAAAUUUUUCGAUGGUUGCAAGAUUAAAAAUGGUCCGAGUGGAAUUCAUCUAACUAUGUCAAGGGAGGGACGACCAAGUGGUGAAGCUUAUGUUGAAUUUGAAACAGAGCAGGAUACUGCUAAAGGACUUGAAAAAAAUAAUGAACAUCUUGGUAGCAGAUACAUUGAAGUAUUUCGUUCCAAGCAAAAUGAAAUGGAGUGGGCUUUAAGGAGAUGUGGUCUUGAUGGUGAAGAAGCAUUUGGGGAUGCUUGUGUAAGGUUAAGAGGUUUACCAUUUGGUUGCUCCAAAGAGGAAAUAGCUCAAUUUUUUACAGGGUUGGAGAUUGUCCGAAAUGGGAUUACCCUACCAACUGACUUCCAGGGGAGAAGCACUGGGGAGGCUUACGUACAGUUUGCAUCACAAGAAAUAGCAGAAAAGGCGAUGGGGAAACACAAGGAAAAAAUUGGGCACAGAUAUAUUGAAAUCUUUAAAAGCAGUCUACAAGAAAUACGUUCAGCAAUGGGCAUGGGUCCUGUGCGAAUGAGAACCAUGAGUUCCAACCGAAUGAGUCCCUAUGAUAGACCUUCUGCAUUUGGACGCGGAGCUCGUGGAGCACGAGGAAGAGGAGGCCCAGUUACUCCCAGUUUUGGAGAAAGAGGAGGUGGAUUCAAUGAAAGAAUUCGUGAUACUGGACACAAUAUCCAUAUGCGAGGAUUGCCCUUCAGAGCUGUGGAAAGAGAUAUAUUUGAAUUUUUCGCUCCAGUAAAACCAGUUGCUGUGAGAAUCAAAUAUGAACCAAGUGGUCGAUCAUCUGGUGAAGCAGAUGCAAUGUUUGCAACCCAUGAAGAAGCUGUAAGAGCUAUGAAAAAAGAUAAAGAAAAAAUACAGCAUCGUUACAUAGAGCUGUUUUUACAAUCCGAACCAGAUUUCAGAAGAGAAAGCAUGGGCCCCUUUGGAGGAGGACCUGGACAGUUUGGUCGUGGAGGUGGGCGUCCUUUUAUGAAUGAAUCUGAUGGUGGAUUUGGAGGACCAAAUUUGGGACCUGACAGGGGCUUUGGUCCUGGAAUGGGAACAGAACGAGGUUUUGGACCUGGAGCAGGAUCUACAAGAGGAUUUGGUGGUGGGCCUGAAAGAGGUUUUGGUCUUGGUUCUGGAGGCUAUAGUGGUGGUGCUCCUGGUGGGGGACCAUCAAGAGGAUUUGGCACAGGAACAGCAGAUAGAGACUUUGGUUUUGGUUCUGAUAAGCCUUUUACUCCACCUGCUGUUGAAAGAGGAUUUGGUGCUGAUCAAGGUUUUGGUGGUGCUACUGAAAGAGGCUUUGGAAGCAGCAGUGAAAGAGGAUUUGGAGUUGGCCCAGACAGAGGCUUUGCAAGUAGGGCAGGAGACAGAGGCUUUGGAGGAGCUGCUGCUGAAAGAGGCUUUGGAAGUGGUUCUGCUGUUGAUAGAAGUUUCAGCGGUUCUGGAGAAAGAGGUUUUGGAGGUAGCGGAGCUGAUAGAAGUUUUGGAGGUGGUGUAGCUGGUAGAUCAUUUGGUGGCUCAGAUCCUGAAAGACCUUUUGUUUCUUCUGAAAGAUUUAGUGGAGCUGACAGAAGAAUGGAUGACAGAGGUUUUGGAAUGUCAGAUAAUUACAGAAAUGGAAUGCAAGGUGGCUCCAUGACAAGUGGUAGUUUGAGAAAUGACACUGGCUAUGGUGCUGAUUCUCGUGCUAAUGAGUCCGAAUUUUAUGGUUCUGGAAAAUUAUUUGGUGAUAGUAGUUAUCAGUCAUCAGUUGGCCAGGGAAUGAAUAUGAUGAGUGCAACCACUUAUCCAGGAUUCUAAUUCAUUUUUGAAUAUAUGAAACACUAUGCAAGAAAAGAUUUUUAACUAUGUGGUAGUCGUGGUUAUCAUGUCUUGCCUAUUGUACCAUUUACACAUCCAUGGAACUGAUUCAUUUGCUCAUAUUUGGUGUUUUCAUAGAGCAAAAAAAAUUUUAAUUUAAUCUGUAAUAGACUUUUUUAAGUGUACAUAAGUUUUUUCUUUAUUAAAACUGGUAAAAUAUGCUCA